AUGAAGCUUUCCACCUAUCUGGUUCCAGCUGUGGCCAGUGUCGUAUCGUUUUUUUCCCUAAAUGUAUCUGCACAUGCCUAUGGCAGGGACAGAAUUAACUAUGUUUCUCUGGUUGAGGAACCUGUCAUCAAUACCCCCUCUCACCGGGUGAAUGCCCUGUCAAAUUUUGAUAUCACAUUUUCGUUACAUCGCAAAAACCAAAGGAUAAAACUGAGCCUGGAGCCCAACCAUGACAUCCUUGGCUUCGAACCCGAGUUCCAGUUCGUUGACAACAACGGAGAUCUUCAGCGAACCGAGCCCAUCGACAGAUUUGAACACAAAGUCUACAAGGGGUGGGCAUGGAUCCAGUCAGGUGGCGGUUGGGAGCGAUCCGGAUGGGCGAGAAUCGUCGUUCGCGAGGAUGGGACAUACCCCCUAUUCGAAGGCACCUUCACCAUCAUGCACGACCAUCAUCACAUCAUGCUACGGUCUAACUAUGUCCAGACAAGGCAGGAUCUGGACCCUGUCGUGGAAGAUGCCCCAGAAGAAUACAUGAUUGUUUUCCGUGACUCAGAUGUUGGUCGAGAGAUACAUGAACAUCUUAAGCGAUCGUCGCCCAUAGAACGGGGGUGUGGUGCUGACUCUCUUGACUUCAAUACAAACCCAGACCAUCCUAUUUUUCGCCCAGUGGUGAAGCGUGACCAGAGCAACUGGGCUUCAGUACCUCUUGAACUAAUGUUUGGUCUUAGCAAGCGGCAAAGUGAUACCUUUGGUGGGAAUUCUGGUGGCCCUGUUAACGUUCGCCAAACAAUUGGCAACACAGCUGGUUGCCCAAAAACAAGAAGGGUUGCACUGAUUGGUGUUGCAGCCGACUGUGAAUACACAAAAUCAUUCAAUUCAUCAGUCCAGCAAGCCCAACGCAAUAUCGUUACUGUGGUGAACACUGCCUCCCAGAUCUAUGAACAAACAUUUAACAUUACUCUUGGCCUGAAAAAAGUACAAGUACUCCCUGGUGAUUGUCCAUCCACUCCACCAACCUCAGCCCCAUGGAAUGCUGUAUGUGGGAGCCCUGCGAGCCCUGGAAUUGAUAUUACCCAAAGGCUGAAUCUCUUCUCUGCCUGGAGAGGUGAACAAAGAGAUGACCAUGCAUUUUGGAUGCUGAUGACAACUUGCAACUCAGGCCCUGAGGUCGGUUUGGCGUGGUUAGGCCAGCUGUGUAUUAAUACUGCUGUCCAACAAUCUGGCGCCAACAACGCAUCACAAUCAGUUAGUGGCACUGGCGUUGUCGUACGAACUCCACAAGAAUGGCAGGUCUUCGCCCACGAAGCAGGUCAUAUUUUUGGCGCAGUGCAUGACUGUGAUUCCACCCUUUGCCAAUCGCAGAGAAAUGUAGCAACAUCUCGUUGUUGCCCAUUGACUGCAGAUACGUGCGAUGCCAGCGGCAGAUUUAUCAUGAACCCAACUUCUGGACGAGGCAUUACUGAGUUUUCCCCUUGUACCGUCGGCCAGGUUUGUACAUCGAUGUCCCGAAAUAGUAUUCGAACAAGCUGUCUCACAAACAAUCGCAAUGUCGUUACUUAUGCUGGCAGCGAAUGUGGCAAUGGUAUUGUCGAGGAAGGUGAAGACUGUGACUGCGGUGGAGAUGCACUCUGUGGCAAUAAUCAAUGCUGUGACCCCAAAACCUGCAAAUUCCGCAAUGGCGCUGUCUGUGAUGAUUCUAAUGAAGAAUGCUGCCGUGGCUGCCGUUUCUCAUCAUCCGACACUGUCUGCCGAGCCAGCACUGGCCCUUGUGACCCGGAAGAGAAGUGUCCGGGUAACUCUGCUAUAUGCCCUAAAGAUACUCACAAGGCUGACGGUGACGGCUGCGGAAACGGACUAGCUUGCGCGAGCGGUCAGUGUACGAGCAGAGAUAUGCAGUGCAAGGUCCUUAUGGGCGGUCGAUUGGGGAGCAAUGACACUCGAGCCUGUGAUUCUUCGAGUUGUUCGUUGACCUGUGUUUCUCCUGCCCUGCCUCCAGGUGUUUGCUCGAGCGGGAUGCAAUAUUUCCUGGAUGGAACGCCUUGUCUGGCUGGUGGAAGAUGUCGAAAUGGUAUCUGUGAUGGAAGCUCUUUUGGAAAGGAGAUCAAGUCCUGGAUCGACCGAAAUAAGACUAUCGUCAUCGGUGUUUCCGCCGGUGUUGGUGGUCUUCUACUUCUUAGCAUUUUAAUCUGCAUCGUACGCCGAUGUCGAAAACCAAAGCCCAAAAAUAGAAAAAUGGCACCCAUGAGUGUUGCAGGCCCGCCAGAAAUGUGGCCUAACUCCAUGCCUCCUCCUGGUCAAUAUAACCAAUACAAUCGUGGCCCCCCUCCCGCUCCGCCACAAGAUGUUCCUCCGGUGUAUGCGCCACCAACCUACUCGCAAAAUUAUCAGCGCGGCGGCAUGCCUUCGCCUCGUUAUGCAUAA